AUGGGCCGAAGACGAUGCGGCCACGCCCCUGAGGUCAGAUGUUUGUGUUCGGUGUCAUGGUUCCGCAGAGCUCGCAGGAGUGAGAUGCAACGUCCCAGGGCCGAUCAGCGGCAAUUGGACCAGGCCGCCCAUGACGCUGCUCCCGAGAGGCAUUGCCGUGACGAGCAUCGCGUGGCCGAUCUCGAGUGCGGUACAUGGCGGUUGGUGGAUGCGGGCGUGCAUCGGCCAGUCGCCGUACGCGACGUUGGAGCGAGCAAGUGUUUUUCUGCCCUCACCGGCAGCGGCGGCCAAUGGCGGAGCAGAGGGCGGGGCGGCAGAGUGGUGCAACUGCUCAAACGGUCGACUAGCGGCGGUGAAUUGGACUCGAGGGCAGGGCGCACACACGCUCACACACACCACACACAGCAUGCGGCAAAAUUGUGGGAGAAUGGGUCAGUGACGCGUCCGAUAGGGCCGCGGCGGGUGCGAGCUGUGAUCUGA